GGAUCCACGAUAUUCUACAGUCAUAUUUGUACCUAGGGUAAAUAUUUACUGGUACCUGUUGGUUGACAGGUGACAACAGUAACAAGAUGGCGCCGAAUUACCGAAGAACUUGACGAGCCCACUGAAGAAAUAUAUCUGUUAAACCUUCAAGAUGAUGGAAAUGAAUUUCCGAGUAGACUAUGUCCAGGUGGGGAUUACGUCACAAAAGACGAUGAGACUUUUACCUCUGUCUGGUAAGACACAGAAGGUUGCCAUAGCAGACCAUGAAGGAGUUCUUCAGUGUUUCAGUGUUAAAAAGGGGGAGAUUACUCAUGCCUUCAAGACCCUGCCAGCUCAGAAGAUGACACGGUUAGAACUUGGGGGACCAGUGGGCGGUGCAAAGGAGAGAAUCUUUGUGGCCUCAGGGGCAGAAGUUCAGGGCUACACCAAGAAGGGAAAACAGUUUCUAGGCUUCGAUACAAACAUGACUGACAACAUUUCUUCAAUGUGGGUGGACGGUGCUGAACUUUUUACCUGUGGUAAUCACAUCUACAAUCACUACAGAGACUGUAAGGAUAUGCAUUACUUCCUGUGUGGAGACAAAAUCAAUGAUGUGGUGACUCUACCAAUCAACAAGCACCCAGAAAUCAUCCCCAUACUGGCUUGUCAGGACAGGGUCCUCAGAAUACUACAGGACUCAGACCUGGUAUAUGAGAUGGAGUUGCCUGGGCCACCAGUUGUCCUCCAGCUUUAUGCCAAUAAUGGAGGAGAUGAGGGUAAUGAGAUUUUGUAUGGCACGUCUGAUGGCAGAGUUGGACUGGUUGAAGUGGGAAGGUUGGCCCCAGGACACAAGUGGGAGUUAGCAAAUGAGAAGAGAAAUGGAGGUGUGUUAAGCCUGGAUAACUAUGAUGUGACUGGUGAUGGGGUUCUAGACCUCAUCGUGGGGCGUGAUGACGGGCAGGUGGAGGUGUACAGUUAUGAUGACACAGAUGAACCAACUCACCGCUUCAGCCAUACGUGUAGCGAGAGUGUGACAUCAGUACAAGGGGGAGUGGUCUCUUCACCUGGCUAUGAUGAGAUUGUCUGUGCUACCUAUGCAGGCUGGGUGCUGGCUCUUACCACUGAACCCCAGGCUAAGACAGUCAGCUCUACAACCACCACCAUAGACCCAACCACACAAGGCAAGAUUGUUCACCUCAAACAUGAGUUAGAAGAUUUACAACAAAAGGUGAUGAGGGAAAGGGAAAAGUACCAGCACACUGCCCAGACCAAGGGGGCGUUGUCAGCACUUCCCGCGUUUGACAUCAACAACAAGUUUGUGUUGAAUAGAGAGGACGCUAGCUACACGCUGAGUCUGGAGGUACAGAUGGCCAUAGAUAACGUGCUACUACAGAGUGAUGUGCCUAUAGACCUGUUGGAUGUAGAGAAAAACUCUGCAGUGGUCAGCUACAGCGCCUGUAACCCUGAGGAGGGUAAUUUUUUGUUAGCCACCUACCGUUGUCAGGCGAACACCACACGGCUGGAGCUGAAGGUGCGGUCUAUAGAGGGCCAGUAUGGGACACUUCAGGCGUACAUCACCCCAAGGGUCCAACCAAAGACGUGCAUAGUCAAACAGUACCUGGUUAAACCUCUGUCACUUCAUCAACGUACACACGUGUUUGAUAACUCCAGACCACUGAACACUCUGAAGUUGACUGGCCAGUUCAGUUUAGCUGAAGUCCACUCCUGGGUAUCUUUUUGCCUGCCUGAAUUACCAGAGAGAGCUCCAGCAGGGGAGACAAUCACAUUUCAUUUUCUGUCAACUUUCCUGGAUACCCAGUUGGAAUGCACUUACAGAAAAGGUGAGGCUGUUUUUAGAUCUGACAACAUUUCAACAAUCUCUAUACUCAAAGAUGUACUGACCAAGGAGGCCACCAAGAAGAAGAUUCGCCUUGAUAUUACGUAUGACAUCGAUGAGAACUCCAUCCCUCACACACUGAGUCUGAUCCACCCUAAGCUGGAGUACCAGCUGUUACUGGCCAAGAAAGUCCAGCUAAUAGAUGGCCUCAGGGAGAUGCAGGUCCAUGAGAGUGACCUAAGCUUUAUGUCACCUGAAUACAGACAAAUCCUGGACAAUGCUGAGGCUCUGCAGAUAGAGUUCAAACAACAGCCCUGUCACCUUGAGAGGCUCUACGGUAUGAUCACAGAUCUCUUCAUUGACAAGUUCAAGUUCAAAGGUCAGAAUGUCAAAGGGAAAGUACCGGCUCUUUUGGAGAUUCUGGACAACUAUGAUCUCACAAAUCUCAUCACGUUUUUCCAGACAGCUUCAUGAUACCUGGUACAGGGAUGGGGGCUUUCUGGCCACAGAUACAUGUACAUACAAAACAUGAUCUGUACCAUAAGCUGUAAACGUGCUCUUAUCAGUCAUGUUGACGACGUUCAGUCCUAGCUUGUAAUGUGGGCAUACGCCGUACAUGUACUGUUUAUUAUGAUCUGACACAUCUUCACUUUGUUCUAGGAAUUUAGACUUGUAUGGACCGUUUGUUAACCCUCUUUGAUCUUCCUAGAAAUGUCAACACUCAUAUAAACACAGGCAAAGCAUAAAUACCAUGUACAUGUAUAAUGGUAGUUUUCUGGAUGAAGGCCUGGAUCAUGACCAAAUAUGUAAUGGAUUCGAGCCUAGUCCAGUGCCAAGCUUUCGACACACUAUCAUGUAAAUCUGUCGUGCAUAACUUUCCUGUAAAGUUGCUGACAGUCCGACACUGACAGAUAAGUAAAUGCACAAUGAACCUGUGUGGCUGAUGUAAAUAUCAGCUUUGUAUAAUACAUGUAAAUACAUACCGUACUGAUGGAAUGAGUGUUAGAUGAAUCUCACCAGCAGCUGGCUAGCCUUUAUGUUCAACCCCUGCUUAAUUGGGAAGGUCACAUUUUUAGGUAAACCUCAUAAAAACUGUUGUUCUGGUUAUGCCAUCCAGUGGCCCCCGUGGCCGAAGACUUUAGCACGCCAGCGCGGCCCAAUGACCCACGAGCCUCUCACCAGUCUGGUCGCUGUGAAAUUAAGUCCAGCUCAUGCUGGCUACCUCUCAGGCUAUACUUGGGAAGAUAUGCAGAUGGUCGUAGGUUCCCCUUGGUUCUGCCUUGUUUCCUCCCACCCUAAUGCUGGCUGUCGUUGCUGCCAUGUGGUUUAGAAUUUUCUACACCUCUUUUUGUUAAAGUAUAAGAGGACGAAUAUAUAUAUAAAUAUGUUUAUUAUAUGAGAAGAGAACUAAAAUACUUACUGUAAUGAAAAAAAAAAUUAAAAAAUUAA